AUGAGUAGCAACCUAACGGAUGACUUGUCUGCUUCUGCAAAGAAAAUGCACCAUACUAUGGUGUCUAAUGGUAAAAGCUCAUACACCCAACAAGAACUUAUAGAUCUUCUUAAAUAUGAAAAUGCAAAUGAGUUGAUGGAGAAUGCCCAAGCAUUACUUAAUAAGGGGUUGCUUAAGAUCUUGGAGUCAGAGCCAGAUCCAUCUUCCAACUCUACUGAGAAAACGAUCUUAUUUGCACCAAUUAGUGAGCAAGAAGCACAAAAGGUGAGUAGUAUGACAGCUGACGAGGCAAUUGUUUAUUCACAUGUCGAAGCUGCUGGUAGAGAGGGAAUUUGGACAAAAACAAUAAAAGCAAAAAGUAAUCUUCAUCAGCAUAUUGUAUUGAGGUGCCUUAAAUCUCUGGAAUCACAGUCUUAUAUUAAGUCUGUGAAAUCUGUUAAACAUCCAACGAGGAAAAUAUAUAUGCUAUACCAUUUAACACCUUCCAUUGAUGUCACUGGAGGCCCCUGGUUUACAGAUUCGGAGUUGGACACAGAUUUUAUUGAUUCAUUGCUGAUAGUCAUAUGGAAAUUUGUUGCACAGAGAACGUAUCCAAAGUGUUUCAAAAAGAAGGGUUUAAUUCCUGAUGGCUUGAAGCAGUACAGCUAUCCUGCAAACAUGAUAAUGGGUAUGGGGUCUCUGCUACCAUCAUUAAGUGAAGUUAAUGACUUCCUUGUUAAUUCAGGGAUCACGACUAUAGAAUUGACCUUAUCGGAUGUCAAGUCUUUAUGUGAUGUACUGGAGUUUGAUGAAAAGAUUGAAUGCAUUAACGGUUCUUAUAAGGCUACAUGGCAAAGUAUAUUAGAGGCCGGAGGGGGCAAGAUCGAAGGUGAGGAUAUAUUUGCGCCCCUAGACAACCAAGUUUUCAAUAUUAAUGAUAACUAUAGAGUUCUUGAUUCUUCUUUAAACGAGGAAAAGGAAAAUUCAGAGGAGGGUAAGGUAAAUAAGACUUUGUACUUUGAUUCGUGGAUUACUCUAUAA